AUGCUUGGUGCCGACGAGCCCCAGAGCGUAUUUAGCAGUGGCCUUGCGCCACUGUUUGAUUGGAAGGCAUUGAGCCAGCCGCAACAUCUUGAUUUUCAGCAGUUCUUGGACAGCCUUUGUGUCUCGCCGUUGGCACCCCCAGCAGUUCUGGAGGUCGCUCGGAAAGCAGCUGCCUUCCCAUAUCCUCCACACUGGUCCGAGGAGAUUGAUGCUGCUUCAGGUGCCCUCUACUUCUACAACCAGUUGAGGGAUGAGUCGUCAUGGCAGCAUCCUCUGACAGAGACCUUUCAAGAGGUGCUCCAGCAAGUCAGUUCAUUCGCAGGUGAGCAGCUGCAGCUGGACCAGGUUGCGUCUCGCAUUGAAGCUGUCUUGACGGAUAUCCAGGCUCGAGCAGCUGCUGAGUUACAGCAGUGGGUUGGACCUCUUGGGGACGCAGGAUGUGAGCAGUACUACUUCAAUAGCGUGACUGGCUGCAGCACCUGGGAAGACCCCUGUGAAAGAUGGAGAUACGACAUCCAUGUCCGGUACGACCUGCUUGUAGGCCAACUUCAUGCUACAUGA